GUGUUAUAUCACUUAAAGAACUUAACUGCUAAUACUAUGGUCCAACAUUUAUUAAAUUAUAUGUCAUUGUUUGGUAGAGUUACCAUGAUUCUAAGUGAUCUUGGAACUCAGUUUAAUUGUGAAGUGUUUCAUACUAUAAAUUCUGAACUAGGUAUUAAGGUAAUACAUACCACUUCAGGGCACCCUCAACUGAACUCAGUUUCAGAAAGAAUAAACACUUCCUUAAAAUCCUCAUUGAUUGCCUUGCGAGAACAAGGAAUUUCUAUUCAAUCUGCCCUCUUAAUUCACCAACAAAUCUAUAAUAGUGCUAUUCAUCCUGCCACAGGAUAUAGCCCUAACAUGCUUCAUUUUGGUCGUGAAAUGAGUAUUUUCUUUGACACAUACCAAAAUCCUAACAAUAAACUUAUAAGUUUAGACCAAGCUUCUUAUGUUUCUCAGGUUUUAAAUGAUCUAAAUAAUUAUUAUAGUAAUGCUUAUACUUCUUUAAGGCAGAAUCAGGCUGAUCAAAACAGUAAGUUUGAAAGGAAAGCUAAACUUCGUAAAUUCGAAGUAAAUGAUAUUGUGUAUUUGAAAUCCAAAGAUUCUUUCAACCCCAAAUUCAAUGGUCCAUACACCAUCGUUAUAAAACAUAAUGAUGUUAAUUUUAGUAUUCAAUUUUUAUCUAAUCCUAAUGCUCCUGUGUUUAAGAUUAAUGCAAACCGUCUAAGGUUAGCCCCACAUAGAAAAACAUCUCUGUGUGCUACCAGUAAUAAAUUGCCUCAACAAAAUACUAGAUAUUUUCUUCGUUCACAUGUUUAAUUCAAAUAAUUGUUUGUGUGAUUUUGCUUAUGUUUUGCUUGCAAACCCCCAUAAAAUUUUGGGAUGUCUCUACUACGCUGGCGUACAUGUGGCAUCUUAUCAGGCCUGACAAGAUUUUUUUGGGGAAUGUUGUGAU